AUGGCUCCCUUAGGCCAGACCGUUGCCGUCUUUGACAAGUCGGGCAAAGUAGUAAGCACGAGCAAGCAAUUGUUUGGUGUUUUCAGUCAGGCCAAAAAUGCCUACCGCGACCGCAAAGCCCAGAUUCAAUCCGAACGGAAUCUCCGAAUCGCGGAGAAACAAGCAUUGAAGGCAAUGCAGAAUUACACCAUCGACGAUGCCCCCUAUGAGCCCCAAUACGAAAUUCAAUAUGAGCCAUCCGUGGCCCCCUCGCAGAGAAGUCGCCGCAGCCGUUCGCGAUACUCCUCGGGCCGCAGCCACUAUCAACACCGCGACAUCGAAUAUGAGCAGGAUCUCUAUUCCGAAGCAUCGCGUUCAGAGUACCAACCCGCCGACAUGGUCCGCCGUCACACCCAACCCGAAAUAUCCAUGCGAGAGCCCCCAAGGCGGCCGGGCGUCAGCCGAUCCAUGUCGGAUGCCAACAUUGAUAUGGAUCUCGCGUACGGUGAUUUCAAUCCCGAUAUGGUAGCCACCCGGGAUGUGCCCCCUCCCAUGCCGCCCCCGCCGCAGCAGCAGCAGCUCCAGCAGUUCGAAGACCCAGAGCUGAAUGGCUUGGUCGACAAGGCUCAGAUGUUGCUUGAGGAAGCCCAAUGUGUACAGGCCAGUGCGACGGCCACCAUCGCCCAUCUGCAGAAGAACCCCGAGGCCAUGGCUGCGGUUGCGCUGACCCUGGCGGAAAUCAGUAACCUCGCCGCUAAGAUGGCCCCCGCUGCUCUGUCUGCAUUCAAGACCAUGGCACCGACCAUCUUCGGCCUGCUGGCCAGCCCGCAGUUCCUGAUUGCCGCUGGUGUCGGCAUCGGUGUCACGAUUGUCAUGUUUGGCGGCUUCAAGAUCAUCAAGCAGAUCACCGGCAAUGAUAAUAGUGAUAAGAAUAUCGCUCCGACAGCCGCCCCGCAAAUCGAGGAGCCCCCAACCAUGGAGGAAAUGUUGGAAAUCAAUACGGAACAUCUCAGCUCCGUGGAAAUGUGGCGACGUGGUGUGGCCGACGCCGAAGCUUCAAGUGUUGCAACCUCGGUCGAUGGCGAAUACAUCACCGAAAGAGCGGCUGCCAUGUCUGGCAUUGACGUGACCACGGCCCGGAUGACGCGCGACCCUCGAUUCAAAUUCGACGAUGAUGAAUCGUUGGCGCCUUCCCAGCGAUCC